AUGACCGUAGUCUCCAAUGAUCCCACUUGGUGGUCAGCCAUCAAUAUAGCUCGUUUGGGCAGCUAUUUUUUAGUCGCCGCCUUUGUUGCAGUGAUGUAUGAUUGGGCACUCACAUUUGGACAAGAGGUUGAAUUGAUCUGGAGACAACGAUGGUCCGUAAUGACAGUUCUGUAUCUCGGUGUGCGUUACCUUGGGAUCUUAUACGCUGCAUAUGUCCGGAAGGCUACACAAUCGGUGUUGUGCUAA